GAGGUGGCGGGAGAUUCCAGCAUGGCGGUGCAGCCGAAGCAGAAUCUGUCUAUGGACAGCGCAGCGGAGCAUGGCUUUCUAAACUUUAUAUUCUCCAUGCCGGAGAAACCGGACACAACUUUCAGGAUAUUUGACCGCAACGACUACUACACCGUUCACGGGAAAGACGCUAUAUUCGCGGCGAAGGAAGUUUUUAAGACGAAUGGGGUUAUCAAAUAUUUGGGCUCAGGGAGUCGUAAACUGGAAAGUGUGGUCCUGAGCAAGCUGAACUUUGAGGCCUUUGUCAGAGACCUGCUGCUGGUGAGACAAUACAGAGUGGAAGUGUACAAGAACCACAGCAAAAGCAGCAAGGAGCAUGACUGGAAGGUCGAGUACAAGGCCUCUCCAGGAAACUUGACUCAGUUUGAGGAGAUUCUGUUCGGUGGAGGAGCUGGAGCAGAGGGAUGUGCAGGAGUCGUAGCUGUGCGUUUCGCUACCGGAGCUGAUGGACAGCGCGUAGUCGGGGUCGGCUAUGUGGACGCAGCUCAGCGGAUGAUGGGAGUGUGCGAGUUCCCCGACAAUGAGAUCUUCUCGAACCUGGAGUCUCUACUUGUCCAAAUCAGCCCUAAAGAGUGUCUGUUAGCGCAGGGCGAAGGAAAUACAGAUGGCAGUAAACUACGAGAGGUGGUGCAGCGUGGUGGCAUGCUGGUCUCUGACAGGAAGAGAGCAGACUUCAGCAGUAAAGACAUGGUGCAGGAUCUUAACCGGCUGCUGAGGGCCAAGAGAGGAGAGACGGUUGCCAGCAACACGCUGCCUGAGCUUGACAAACAGGUGGCGAUGUCAUGCUUGGCCUGCGUUGUGCGUUUCCUCGAGCUUCUCUCUGACGAGUCAAACUUUAACUCGUUCAGUCUGACCUCUCUGGACCUCGGUCAGUACAUGAGACUUGACAACGCCGCAGUGAGGGCUCUGAACCUCUUCCAGGGAUCACCAGACGACACCAGUGGAGCUCACUCAUUGGCCGGUCUGUUGAAUAAGUGUCGUACGCCGCAGGGUCAGCGUCUGGUCAACCAGUGGAUCAAACAGCCACUCAUGGACAAAACUAAAAUAGAGGAAAGGUUGGACCUGGUGGAGAGCUUCGUGUGUGACUCGGAGCUGAGGCAGACCUGUCAGGAGGACCUGCUGCGAAGGUUUCCUGACCUUCACCGUCUGGCCAAGAAGUUCCACCGCCACUCUGCGACUCUGCAGGACUGUUACCGUGUUUACCAGGCGGUUAGCCACAUCCCCGCCCUCAAUGCAGCGCUGGAGAGAUACAACGGGAGCUACCAGGUUUUGUUGAUGGCAGAGUUCCUCUCUCCUCUCAGAGACCUGCAGACGGACUUUGUUAAAUAUCAAGAGAUGAUUGAAACCACUCUGGACAUGAACCAGAUUGACCACCAUGAGUUCCUGGUGAAGGCGUCAUUUGAUCCUGUGCUGAGUGAGCUGAGAGAAAAGAUGGAUGAUCUAGAGAAGAGCAUGCAGGCUGUCCUGAACAGUGCAGCCAGAGAACUGGGCCUAGAGGCCGGAAAAACGGUGAAGCUGGAGUCCAACGCCAUGCUGGGUUUUUACCUGAGAGUCACCUGCAAGGAGGAGAAGAGUCUGAGGAACAAUAAGAAGUUCACCACAUUGGACGUUCAGAAGAACGGAGUCCGCUUCACUAACAGUAAGCUGAGCUCCUUUAAUGAAGAGUACACAAAGAACAGGGAGGAGUACGAGGAGGCACAGAACGCCAUCGUCAAAGAGAUCAUCAACAUCUCCUCAGGUUACGUGGAUCCUCUGCAGACACUGGGCGACGUGAUCGCUCAGCUUGAUGCUGUGGUUAGUUUCGCAGUGGCGUCCGUCUCUGCCCCCGUGCCGUACGUCCGACCCUGUCUGCUGGCUGACGGCUCCAGACGGAUGGAGCUAAAGCAGGCGAGACAUCCCUGCAUGGAGACAGACGCAGACACCGCCUUCAUACCCAACGACAUCUCCUUCGUCCAGGGAGAGAAGAGCUUCUACAUUAUAACAGGACCAAACAUGGGUGGAAAGUCCACAUUUAUCCGGCAGGUGGGUGUGAUCGCUCUAAUGGCUCAGAUCGGCUGUUUUGUGCCGUGUGAGAUGGCGGAGCUGAGUGUGAUUGACAGCAUCCUGGCCCGGGUGGGAGCAGGUGACAGCCAGGUGAAGGGAGUGUCCACCUUUAUGUCCGAGAUGCUGGAGACAGCGGCCAUUCUCCGCUCUGCCUCAGAGAACUCACUCAUCAUUAUCGACGAGCUCGGCAGAGGAACGUCCACGUACGAUGGAUUCGGUCUGGCGUGGGCCAUCAGUGAACACAUCGCCUCUAAGAUCGGCUGCUUCUGCCUGUUUGCCACUCACUUCCACGAGCUGACGGCUCUCGCUGCUCAGCAGCCGUCAGUCCACAACCUGCACGUCACAGCACUGACGACACACAACACUCUGACCAUGCUGUACAGAGUCAAACCAGGUGUGUGUGAUCAGAGUUUUGGUAUCCAUGUUGCGGAGCUGGCCUGCUUCCCGCCGUCUGUUGUUGCCAUGGCGAAAGAGAAGGCGGACGAGCUGGAGGAGUUCCAGGAGACGGCCACAGAGAAGUCGGAGCAGGAUGAAGAACCCCAAGCCAAGAGACGACGAGAAGAGAAACAAGUGGGAGAAAGCCUGAUCCAUGACUUCCUGGAGGAGGUGAAGUCACUUCCUGCUGCGACCAUGAGUGAUGAGGAAGUGAAGGCGGCGCUCAGGAGGAUGAAGGCAGAACUCGUCGCCAAAAACAACGUUUAUAUCACAGAGAUUCUCGCACGCUGUGCCCAAACAAAAACAGCUUGAUCUCCACUCUCAGUAUUGUUCCUCUACUGUAGUUAACACACUAAAGCUCUUAUUGUAUAGUUUUUCCAAUAAAGGCGUAUUACUCCAUCAGCUCAGUAAGGCUUUUUCCAACAUAUACACUGAAAAUUGUAUUUUUCUACCAACUGUGCAGAACAAUAAGCUCUUCUAAUCAACAAUAUGCAUUUCAACUGGAAGUGAGGUCUUUCUGUACUUAUCAUAGUCUGCUGUUUCAACUGGUUUCCUUAAAACGACGAUCUUUUGUUAAAUUUCCUUGUACUGAAUUUCAAUAAAUCUACACUGCUAAUA